AUGAUGAAACGUAUGAUAUCAGCUUGGCUGGUCGUGGCGGUGGUGGCGGCAGGAUUCGCCGCCCCCGCCCGCGCCGGCGUCCCCGAGCUGGACAACAGGCACGUGGUCUCUGAGCUGCUCGCCGGCUACCACAACAUCCCCAACCUUGGCCUUGCGGUCAUGAAGCCCAACCUCGACCUGCUCAACUACGGCGCCCCCGCCGCCAAGAUGGGCGUGCCGAUCUCGCCCAACCUGGACCUGCUCGCCUACGGCGUCAGCGCACCCAAAAAGCCGAACUACGCAGCCAAGAUGUUCGCCCACGACGGCAUCGACGCGAUGACGCGCGCGUGGCAGUCGGCGGUCGACGCCGCGACGCAGCAGGGUGCUGUCAGCAAGAACGAGGGCACUUGGUCGAUCAACGACAUGGUCAAGGCGCUGCAAAGCAACCUGAAGGAGAUUGCGACCUACAACAGCACCAACGCUGCCAUCGCCGCCGGCGCCAACGGCACGGACAUCCCCACCACGACCGGCCUCGCGCCCGCCGGCCAGACGGCGCCGUCCUUCGGCGACUUUGCCAGCAGCCUCCUGUGCUCCAACGGCGCGAAGCUCGCCAACUGCUCGGGCAUCAACCCCUGCAAGACCAAGCGCUGCGGCCCCGUCUCCAUGUGCCUGGUCGACCAGUGCGGCGGCUGCAACGCGCGGUGCAUUGGUUACACCGAGAUCGGGUCGGGCGUCAACAAGCUCCUGAGCGUUGUUGGCAUGAAGCCCCUCCUGCCGGGCAGCACCACUGCGCCGACGCCCAACCUGCCGCUGGUGGAUAAGCUUGUCACUGGUGUCCAGGACCUGACAAAGUCGGUGCUGCCCAAGUGCGAAGCCAACACCAUCACUGACAUCGCGUCCCUCGGCUGCAAGGCCUGCCCCGAGGGCAGCAUUGCGGCGGUUGGCGCCAAGGCGUGCACGGCUUGCGGCCGCGGCCAGUGA